GUUUGAGCGAAUUGCGAUGUGUUUUAAUUUAUUUGUUGUAUUUUAGAUUUAAUUAUAAUUUUGUGACGAUAACUAAAUUAAAAUUGUAAUUAUAAUCAGUGUGUGACACAGGACUACUACAAAAUGCAGCAAGUAUUAAAGAACAAGUUACUCGACCUCCAGUCCAUCCUGACAAAGAUGUCAGUUGAAGUGUGCUGCAGUCUUGCGCUGCCAGAGUUUGGAGUGUCAUGGAAGGACUUAUCGCGAGAGGUGCGCAACUCGCGCCUUCCAAUGGUGCCGGCUAGCUUCGCGAAGUUGUUGUGCAGGAUUGCAAAUAAAAGAAUGGAUGCUGAACAGCUAGCAGAUUUGGUAGCGAGGUUGCGGCUUAAGUUGAUAGCAACACAGACACGCACUUGGCAUGUGAUAACACUAUUGGAGCCCCACACGGACCAGCCGGUCAAUGUGCUGUCUAGGGCUUUGCCCUCGCGCGUGAUACAAUCGAUACGGGCAGCUAAGGGACAUAGGAAUAUGUGGCCGGAGGUACAAAUCGAUAAACUCGGCGACCUUGUUUACAUAAGUGUUCAAAUGAAGUCCGAUACUAAAGAGGGAGCCAUUUUGUAUAUAGCAACUCCACCGGGCCAACCUGUAGCUGUUGUUAGUUCUUUACAUAGUGGUUUGGUGAAGACUUGUGUUAAAGCACUCGGCUACGAGACAUACGAAAACGCUCAUCUAAACGGACGCGACAUACAUUCUCUAUUGCGCAUAUACAACACUGGCAACACUGACCUCGCUGACCAUUUGGCCGGGUUGCCAGAGUAUCGAGUAUUGCCAGUUGUAACGAAGUCCGGUAUAGAUUAUACGGGAAGGAACUAUGACGAGGAAUAUGUUCAGAAAAUCAUUGGGCCCGAUCCGCCCCAUUUGUCCAAGUUGACUUUGACGUCGGAAAAAGAUUUUUUUGAUCCGGAAAGGUUAAAUAAAAAAAUGAAAUUGACGCUUAACUUGAAGAGCGAAGACGUGGCCAAAUCGUUGUUUAGUUGGGCACUUAAAGGGGCAAUUGCGCCGACUUCAGAGUUAUUCACUAUAUUCCAUAAGAUAAAAUCGAAUAAAAUCACUUUGUACGAUGAAUGAUCUAGCUGUGAUCAAGAUCUAGGAUCUAUUUAUGUGGAAUCGGAUGUGGGAGGAACUAGAAAGAAAGAAAGAAACAUUUAUUUCAACAACAAAGUUUUACGAAGAAGAAAAAAUAAUAGCAUGGAAAAUUCGCAAAAAAAAUGCUCAAAAUUGCCUAUUAAAAUAUCAUAAAAAGGUCAAAAAUGUCCGAGCUGAGAUGUAUAAGAGCUAGCACGCAAGAGCAACUUUUGUCUCCUUCACUAUUUAGUCUCUCCCAUCAACUCUAUGGGCUAGUAAGAAAGUCCGCGCACGUAGCACGUAGCAGAUAAUUAUUAUUGACUAGCUGCUCCGCGCGGUUUCACCCCCGUGGCUCCACCCCUGUUGGUCGUAGCGUGAUGAUAUAUAGCCUUAUAGACUUCCGCGAUAAAUGGUCUAUCUAACAUCGAAAGAAUUUUUCAAAUCGGACCAGCAGUUCCUGAGAUUAGCAAUUAGCAGAUUAGAUAUAAUUUGAAUGUUUUUAGUGUAAAAAGUUGUUAAAUUAAAAUUGUUCCACAUGAAGAUUUGCCCCAUAAAGAUAAUUAUAAUUAAUAUAUUUAUAUAAAUCUCGUGUCACAAUGUUUGCUUUCAAUGGACUCCUAAACCACUUAUCCGAUUAUAAUCUCAAAUUGUUAUAUUGUUAUCCGAUAGUUCAAAUCUCAAAUUGUUUUAGAGAAAGCGGGCGAAGCCGCGGGCGGUAAGCUAGUUAAUAUAUAAAAAUGUGUGAAUCUUGUGUCCUGUGUGUCAUUUAGGAGGUCAUGAUUAUGCUAAAAUUCAAAGAAAAUUAUUAGAGCAUAACCCUGGGGAUUUAAAGUAUACAGGGUUACUUGUUAAACACCAGCCACCUCGCAGGACAAGAUAGCUAACAUCAUAAGUAACAACAUUUGUUCUACGACUUUUGAUAAUUAGUUAGAUUUUAUUUCCAUACAACAAAAAACGACGUCCCAAAGUGACACACUCACUCGGGGACUGGGGCGGUUGCGCUAUUGCAUGCUAUGCCUUCAAGCCACAACUCCGCCCGUCAGAGUGCGGAGCGUGAGGUUUUUUCGUUACGGAAUUUCUCGAUUCGGUCCCCGCGCUCAAGGCCUGCGAUAGAAGCUAUACAAUAGCUUAAAAAUUUUCACUUAAUUUUCCGUUUGAAUAUUAUAAGCGCAUCCCAAAAAUUACGUAAACAAAAAGCGAACGAGAGGGGUGAGGUAGGGGCGGUUUGAACUUGACCUAUCUGCGACAGUCACCGCAUAGACUUACAAAUGUUAGGAGAGUACAGUAAAAGCUUAAAAAAUCAUUUGAAAAUAAUUUAUUGUGUUAUGCCAAUAGUCGUAGAACAAAUGUUGUUACUUAUGAUGUUAGCUAUCUUGUCCUGCGAGGUUGCUGGUGUUUUACAAGUAUCCCUGUAUACGGGAAAAAGGACUUUAAACCUAAUACCAUUUGAAUAUUAUAAGUGUACCACCUUAAGGCAUUUUAAUUAUAUUGCAAUUAAUUGGAAUUAUUUGAUGUGUUUAAUUUUCUUAAUUAAAUAAAUACCUGUUAAAGAAUA